AUGUCUGGGUACCUUUGGUUAAUGGUGUACUAUAACGAAGAUUUCUGCUCGAAAGUGGAUAUGGUGCACCAAUGGAUGACGCGAGGAAGACAUCAACAUCUUUCCCUGCCCUCCAAAGUAGCCGCAGAAAACCGUCUUCGCUUUCUUGGCCACAUUAUAAAGAGACCAUCGGAUCGCCCUGUUCAGAUCAGACGCCAGCAUUUCACCAGGAAUUAUCGACGGUAUGUUUUAGAACUUAUCAAAAUUUUAGACUUCCCUGGUGUAUCAUCGGAUUUCCCUGCUCUUGGAUUUCAUGGCAUGUAUGAACCGCUAACAUACACGGAUUUCACUCCGGAUGCUGCUGUUCUACCCACCAGCAUGACAGAUCCAAUAAUGUCAGCAUCAAUUUCACCUCCAACGCCGGUCAUAGCUCCUGCGCCACUGCUCUCACCACCACCGUUCAGUGCUUCUCCUGCGGUUGUAACUUCAACCAUUGCAAGAACACCGCUUUUUCCAUUUCUGUUGCCAUUCAGUGAUUUCCCUCAAUACUAUCAACCUCGAACCGUGAUCCAGAACAUUGUACAAGCGUACUCUAAAGAGUCUGGACACCUCUCCGAUACCUCGGAAAGUUUUGAAUCGCCGAUGAUGUCGGUCGUGAGUGCGCCAUCCAUGCCAAUGGCUGCAGCUUCAGCGCUGUCGGUUACAACUGCACCAAAAUUCCCAACCUUGUUGGGGGCUUCUGUGCAACGAAGACUAUUUGCCAAGAAAACUGCAGCACGACUGGCGGCGGAAAAGAAGGAAAAAUAG